AUGCUAGAAGGAGCUGCUCAGAUCCUGGAGCAUACCAACUGCCUGGCCAGUGGGGGAGUCUAGUUGCUGUUUGCAUCCCCUGUGCACACCCCCACAGUUACUAUCUCACUCCCUGCUCAUGCCCAUUGUAGAAGUCCUUAGUCUGAACUAGAGCCCUCCCCAAAGGACCUGAGGCUGAAGCAUGCUCCCCCUCUCAAAUGGGGUGGUCUGGGCCUGUGAGAACCCUGCAGGAGUCUGUACCCGCUGCAGGAGACCCUGCUCAUUUGAAAAUCUGACAUCAGCUGUGCUGCCACCCCCCCCCACCCCCACCCUGACACAGCACUUAGCACCUGAAUCUUCGUUUCUUUCAGUGACCCUCCAUUCUGCAGAUCCAGGAAAAUGUGAUGCUCUACAGGUGAUCAGCUGCCAGAUCACCACUUUCUAGCUACAAGUGACUUGAGUGGGGUGACCCAGGGGCGGCAGAGAGAACCGUCAGGAAGAUAUCUAAAGCAAUGAUACACCAAAGAAGAGAAGCUGGAGGGAAAGGGACAUGCAGAGACCAGGUCAAAGGAUCGGACAAAGAGGAGAAACCUUCAGCUGCCCUAUCCCAUGGCCAAGGGUAUCGUGCCUGUGGAAGACCAGCCAGGAACUCGAAGCCUGAAGCUGGGACCAGAUCCUCUGCCGUCCCCAUCAUGGUCAAUGACCCGCCAGUACCCGCCUUACUGUGGGCCCAGGAAGUGGGCCAUAUCUUGGCAGGCCGUGCCCGCAGGCUGCUGCUGCAGUCUGGGGUGCUCUUCUGCACCAUUCUCCUCUUGCUCUGGGUGUCUGUCUUCCUCUAUGGCUCUUUCUAUUACUCGUACAUGCCGACUGUCAGCCACCUCAGCCCUGUGCACUUCCACUACAGGACAGACUGUGAUUCCUCCACCGCUUCGCUCUGCUCUUUCCCUGUUGCCAAUGUCUCGCUGGCUAAGAAUGGACGUGACCGGGUACUGAUGUAUGGACAGCCAUACCGAGUCACCUUGGAGCUUGAACUGCCAGAGUCCCCUGUGAAUCAAGCCCUGGGCAUGUUCCUAGUCACUGUUUCCUGCUACACCAGAGGUGGCCGCGUCAUCUCCACAUCUUCACGCUCAGUGAUGCUACAUUACCGCUCCCACCUGCUCCAGAUGCUUGACACGCUGGUGUUCUCCAGCCUCCUGCUGUUUGGCUUUGCUGAGCAGAAGCAGCUGCUGGAGGUCGAACUCUACUCGGACUAUAGGGAGAAUUCGUAUGUGCCAACAACUGGAGCGAUUAUUGAGAUCCACAGCAAGCGCAUCCAGAUGUACGGCGCCUCCCUCCGGAUCCAUGCCCACUUCACUGGGCUCAGGUACCUGCUAUACAACUUCCCCAUGACCUGCGCCUUCGUGGGUGUCGCCAGCAACUUCACGUUCCUCAGCGUCAUUGUGCUCUUCAGCUACAUGCAAUGGGUGUGGGGCGGUAUCUGGCCCCAACACCGCUUCUCUUUACAGGUCAAUAUCCGACAAAGGGAUAGUUCACGGCCCGGUGUCCAGCGUCGGCUCUCUCGCCAUCAGCCAGGCCAGGAGGAGUCUACCCAGCAGUCAGAUGUGACAGAGGACGGAGAGAGCCCUGAAGAUCCCUCAGGACUGGAGGGCCAGCUGUCUGAGGAAGAGAAACCGGAGAAGCAGCCGCUGAGUGGAGACGAGGAGCAAGAGCGGGAGGCUAGCGAUGGUUCAGGCUCCUGGGAAGAUACAGCUUUGCUGACAGAGGCUAACCUGCCUACCUCUGCCUCAACAUCUGCCCUUACCCCUGAGACUUUGGGGAGCCAUGAGCCUUCUAGGGGCACCCUCAGGCAACGCCCAACAUGUUCUAGUUCCUGAGCAACAGAGGGCUGAUUCCUCACAUUCCAGCACUUUCGGACCCAUUUCCUCUUGUUCCCUUAAUAAACUGUUUUGUGGCAGCUGCUUACAUGGAUGUCAGAAGACAAGCUUUGGGGUCAGCUCUCUCCUUCCACCAUGUGGGUUU